AUGGGCUCCCUGUUGAGCAGCCUCUGGGGCAAGCCGGAGCCCCCGCCGCCCAUGGUGCUCGUGCCGCCGCUCUUCGACUACCCGCCCAUCGCCGCCCGCACCAGGAUGUCGGUGCCGGCGUAUGAGCUCAUGUUCGGGAAGCUCCCGCUGCGCAAUCUGUUUGAGGACUACUUCGAUAACGCGGGGACCAUAUCCUCCAGGAUCAUGCUCAAGCCGCUGGAAGAUCCCCACGUCGAUCUGGUCGCCAUCGUAUCUGCAGCUGGAGAUAAAGCUAGUGGAACAGAAGUAAAAGGAGACGCUCUUUUUCGCUGGCAGAAAUAUUUGUACGAUCCCCAUACCUUUGUGGACGUUCAAGUGUCGACUUCAGAACCCAUGCUGAAGCUGAGGUCAUGUGCUUACUUCCCUGAGUAUCGUCUUGGUGCAUUUGGGACAAUCCCUUUGCUAAUGGGAAACAGGCUGUCUUCUGAGGACUAUGCUGUCCUGGGUGUGAGAUAUGGUUCAGAGAAUCUAUCAAUUGGGGCGUCCUUUGUGCCAUUGCCUGAAUCUGCUGAGGUGCCAUAUGGAGCAUGGUUGGUUGGGAGAAAAGGGAGUUUAUGUGCAGGAGCGCAAUAUAAGCCACUUAGGGGAAACAAACAUCCUAUGCCAUACACGGACCCAAAGAACUGGAAUUAUGCAAUCGGUUAUGGUGUGGCCUCAACAAGCCCUCUCAGCCCUUCAUUCAAUUUUUCCCUAGAGCUUGCAAGAAAUACACAGCUUAUUGCAUCAUUCUAUCAGCACCUGGUUGUUCAAAGAAGAAUAAAAAACCCUUUUGAAGAUGAUCAGGUUGUUGGGAUCACAAACUACAUAGACUUGGGGUUUGAGUUGGCUACAGGGAUUGAUAAAAGUAAACCAGCAGAGAAUGGCAGCAACUCCUUGUUUCAGUUAGGUGCAAGCUGGCAAGCUAACAAGAACUUCCUGCUGAAGGGAAAGCUGGGUCCUUCCAAGUCGUCCGUAGCUCUGGCAUUCAAGUCAUGGUGGAGACCAUCCUUCACAUUUAGCGUCACAGCGGAGAACGACCACUCGAGGGGGACGACGUCGUACGGCUUUGGAAUCCGCGUCGAGGAUCUCAGGCAGCCCAGCUAUGAGCGGGCAGACCCCAACUACGUGAUGAUGUCGACGAACAAGGAGCACCUGGCGCCGGCCGCCCUGCGCGAGUUCGGGCAGCGGCCCAUGUUCCAGGCGGACGUGGACUCGGGCAACUUCGACCACCUGCCCACGGAGCUCAGGCCCAUGAGCAAGAUCAUCUAG